ACUUCAACCACUUCAUACAAAUAGACAGUUGAUAGUCGAGAAAUUCCGAACACUGGGUCUUCUUCAUUCAUACCCUCUCCUCAUCAUUGAUUUCUUCUUUGAUGGCUGAGAUCUGUUUCUAUACCUGGACCUGUUGAUCUCUUUUGUUUUGCUUUUGUGAAGAUAAAGACAUUCCAUGGAUUACACAAACAACAUAUAGCUCUCUCUCACUCUCUGGAGAUCUAGCCACUUUGCUUUGGUUCCACUGGGAUCAAGUUGGGGAAUAACAAGUAGAGAUGGGGAGGAAAGGAAAUUGGUUUAGCUCUGUAAAGAAAGCUAUCAGCCCGGAUUCCAAGGAGAAGAAAAACCAGGAAUCAAAUAAGUCCAAGAAGAAAUGGUUUGGCAAGCAAAAACAUUUAAAUACUGAUUCAUCAUUGUUAGAAUCAAUAACUGCACCUGCUCCUCCUCCUCCUCCUCCUCCAACACUAUCUCCUCCUCGUCCUUCUCCCCAGAUAGUAGAGAUAGCAUCAAAUGACGUUGCUGAUUUCACCACCGCUACUGCUGUUGCUCCCCUGGCCACAGCAGAGGUUGUUAAAGUCGCUGCAGUAGCUCGAUUUGCAGGCAAAUCAAGGGAAGAAGUGGCUUGUAUCAAGAUUCAAACAGCAUUUCGAGGAUACCUGGCUAGAAGGGCAAUACGGGCACUAAGAGGGUUGUUCAGGCUCAAAUCAUUGAUGGAGGGGCCUGCUGUUAAACGACAAGCCAUAACUUCCCUCCGAUGCAUGCAGACUCUGGCUCGUGUGCAGUCUCAGAUUCGUUCGAGGAGAAUCAGAAUGUCAGAAGAGAACCAGGCUCUCCAGAGACAACUCCUACAGAAACAUGCGAAAGAGUUUGAGAAUUUGCGGAUGGGAGAGGAAUGGGAUGACAGCUUACAAUCAAAGGAACAAAUUGAAGCUAGCUUACUGAGUAAGUAUGAAGCAGCUAUGCGAAGAGAAAGAGCAAUGGCUUAUGCUUUCUCCCACCAGAAAACAUUGAAGAAUUCCUCAAGACCUACAACUCUGAUGUUUAUGGAUCCAAGAAAUCCCACAUGGGGUUGGAGCUGGUUGGAAAGGUUCAUGGCAGCCCGACCUUGGGAGGCCCGUAGCGUGUCUGAGAAAGAACUCAAUAAUGACCACUCAUCCAUAAAGAGUGCAAGCCGCAGCAUGGUUGGAGGAGAAAUAUGCAAAUCUUAUGCAAGCUACCAACUCAACUCUGAGAUGCCUUCCCCCACAGCCAGCCAACAACCAAGCCAGACUAUAAACCGUCAGUCCCCCUCAACUCCUUCAAAGCCAGCUGCUCCCUUCGUUGCUCGAAAAUUGAAGCCACCAAGCCCACGGGGCAGUGCUUGUGCUCCAGAUGACGACUCUAAAAGCAUGUCCAGUCUACAGUCAAAUCGACACAGGAGGCACAGCAUUGCAGCUUCAUCAGUGCGUGAUGAUGAGAGUUUGGCAAACUCUCCUUCAGUCCCGAGUUACAUGGUAUUUACUCAGUCUGCAAAAGCCAAGUCUAGGUUGCAGAGCCCCCUAGGAGCAGAGAAGAAUGGGACACCAGGAAAAGAAAAUGAAUCCUGGGGGUCUGCAAAGAAACGUCUUUCUUAUCCACCCUCACCGGCUAGGCCCAGACGGCUUUCUGCUCCCCCAAAGAUGGUAAAUCUCUCCAAUAAUGGCAGUUGAUAAUACGAUUCUAAUGGAAUGAACUUGAAGCUUUGAGUAUUUCAAGAAGAACCGAGCGUUCUGCCAUGUGAAAUUCUGAAUCUUCUUCUGGUUUGAAUGCUCAGAAAGUGCCGGUUGGGUUGAGAUUGGUUCCUCCUUUUGUCCUAAACAGCAUUGCUUACAGUUUCUUCUUAUUUAUACAUUACAUACUCUCUUAUGUUUCUUCCUUUUGUUUUGGAGAAAAUAACGUUCACUUUACUGUAAUUCUUGAUUCGUUUGGUAAAUUUAUACCAACAUUUGAUUCA